UCUGUCCCCCUCCAUACCGCUACUCUCCAAGGCUUCACUGCCUGCCUGCAUGUUCUUCUGCGAGCGGGUGCGGAUGUGAACGCUCAAGGUUACGAUGGCUUGACUGCGCUUCACCAGGCGUGUCACUCUGGAAACGUUGAUGCCGCCAAACUCAUCAUCGCCGCGGGUGCGAAUUUGGAAGCGAGGACUCGGAGUCGACAGGGUACCACCCCGCUG